AUGCGAGGCCCGACUCCUGCAGCUGUCCGCGGGCUCUUUUCCACUUUCCAUGGAACGCCCAGAAGGUGUUCGACGUCUUACCCAAAUAAAAACAUUGUCUUCUAUACGAUUCUUUUCCGAACGUCCUUCUCCGCUGCUGCUCUAAGAGCUCAGGAAAAGCCCAAAUGGGAAUUUAAUUAUAGAAGAAACCCAGAAAAAAUACGUUCUUGGCGCGAGGCAAAUGAACCUCAGAGUUGCAAUUCAGAGGUUUCAGUUGACAGGGCGGGAGGGGGUUCUGAGAGUGCCAAAAUGAAAAAUAAGCUCAAGCGGUACUCCGGGAUGUUGAGAGAUUGUGCCGCUGAGAUACGUUUGCGCCAAGGUAAAGCAAUUCAUGGUCGCAUCAUUAGAAGUGGGACUGAGCCGGAUGAGCACCUAUGGGUCUCUUUGAUCAAUUUCUAUGCUAAAUGUGGAGAGUUAGGAUGUUCACGCAAAGUUCUCGAGCAAAUGCCGGUGAAAGACGUGGUUUCGUGGACUGCAUUGAUAUCGGGUUUUGUGGCUCGAGGACGUGGAGCUGAAAGCCUAGAGUUGUUCUGUGAUAUGAGGAGGGAGGAUGUGCAGCCAAACGAGUUCACUUUGGCCACUGUUUUGAAGGGUUGCUCGUUGUCUUGGGAUUUAGAUUUCGGAAAACAAAUGCAUGCGGAGGUAGUCAAAGCCAGCCUACUAUCCGAUGCUUAUAUCGGUUCCUCUUUGAUCGAUCUUUACUCUAAAUGUGGGGAAAUGGAAUAUGCUGAUGAUGUUUUCUGUAUGAUGCCAGAGAAAAAUGUCGUGCUGUGGAAUACUUUACUUAACGGUCAUGCACAGGCAGGAAAUGGGGAUGCAGUUUUGCGAUUAUUUCGAGAAAUGGAAGAUCCGGACAUGAGAUUUAGUAAUUACACAUUGUCCAUUGUUUUAAAGGGAAUUGCUGGCUCGGGUGCUCUGGAGGCUGGCCGGGCAGUCCAUUCUAUAGUGGUUAAGGUUGGAGGCGAGCUCGAUGAUUUUGUUAGGUGUAGCCUGCUUAAUAUGUACUCCAAAUGUGGCGCGGCUUAUGAUUCCGUCAAAGUAUUUAAGACGAUUAAAAACCCUGAUAUAGUUGCGUGGAGUUCGAUUAUCAGUGUUGUCGAUCAGCAAGGUUGGCCUGAGGAUGCAGCCAAAUUGUUCUGGCUAUUCAGGCAUUGUGAUGAAAGGCCCAAUGAGUUUACUCUCUCUAGUAUUGUUAGUGCUGCCACUGACUUGGGUGACCUGCGUUAUGGUCAGAGCGUACAUGCGUGCGCUUACAAAUUCAGUCUUGAAUCAGAUAAUUCGAUCAGUAAUGCAUUAAUUGCAAUGUAUAUGAAACUAGGAUGUACUGAUGAUGGGCACCUUGUCUUUCAGAAAAUGGCCAACAGGGAUGUGAUCUCCUGGAAUGUCCUUUUAUCUGGAUUCCAUGAUGAUGAAACUUCUGAUCGUGGGGCUAGGUUUUUCAAGCAGAUGCUUACUGAUAGUUUUAGGCCCAACAUGUACACAUUUAUAAGCAUUCUGAGGUGUUGUUCAAGCCUCUUGGACAUCGAGUUUGGGAGGCAAGUGCAUUCCCACAUAAUUAAAGAUAACAUAGACUGUGACAGUUAUGUGGGAACUGCUUUAAUCGACAUGUACGCCAAGUGCUUGUGCAUGGAUGAUGCAGAGGUUAUUUUCAGCAGAUUAAAAACCAAGAAUGAUGCUUUCAGUUGGAACGUUGUCAUCUCGGGUUACUCGCAAACCAACCAAGGAGAAAAUGCUGUUCACUGGUUUAAUCGGAUGAGGAGAGAAGGUGUUGUUCCUAAUGAGUUUACUCUUGCCAGUUGCCUGAGGGGUUGCUCCUCAAUUGCGAGCCUUGACAACGGGCGGCAGUUUCAUUCCCUGUCAAUCAAGGCUGGGCUGUCCACAGACGUGUUUGUAUCCAGUGCCCUUGUGGAUAUGUACGGGAAAUGUGGAAAUAUUGACAAUGCAGAAAUACUAUUUUAUGGCACUCAAUCACGUGACACUGUUCUAUGGAACACGAUAAUAUGCGGAUAUGCUCAGCAUGGGGAAGGUGAUAAGGCUCUUCAAGCAUUCAUGGAGAUGAUAAACGACCAAGUGUUGCCUGAUGGAGUUACUUUCACUGGGAUCCUUUCUGCGUGCAGCCACAAUAGGUAUGUGGAACAAGGAAAAAGGUUUUUUAAUUCGAUGAGUGAAUCCUAUGGAGUUACUCCCACUGUCGGGCACUAUGCUAUCUUGGUCGAUAUACUUGGCCGAGCAGGCAUGUUCGAUGAGGUCGAAAAAGUUAUCAAGCAUAUGGAGCUAAUUCCAAAUGCUUUGAUCUGGGAGAAUGUUCUCGCGGCAUGCAAGUCUCAUGGAAAUGUGGAAUUGGGAGAAAUAGCAGCUGAGAAGCUCUUUGAGUUGGCUCCCGGAACAGAUUCAAACUACAUUCUGUUAUCUAAUCUGUAUGCUAGCAAAGGGAGAUGGAAUGAUGUGGCCAGGGUUAGGGCCUUGAUGACCCAUCAAGGCAUAAAAAAAGAACCGGGGUGCAGCUGGGUUGAGGCAGACGCUCGAGUUCACGUUUUCCUGUCUCAGGACACAUCACAUCCGAGGUUACUUGAUAUCCAUCGCAAGUUGGACGAGUUAAACCAAAAAGUUGCUGAAGCUGGUUAUGUGCCUGACACGAGUUAUGUGCUUCAUAAUGUGGCAGAAAACAGUAAGGUGGAUAAUCUUUUUGGUCAUAGUGAGAGGUUGGCCUUAGGUUUUGCUCUCAUAAACAGUGUUGGUAGUAAAAGAAUCAGGAUAUUCAAGAACCUUCGGAUAUGUGGGGACUGCCAUGAAUUUAUGAAGUUGGUGUCUGGGAUCGUUGAUCAAGAAAUUGUGGUUCGUGAUGCCAGCCGUUUCCACCACUUCCAACGUGGAUUGUGCUCGUGUAAAGAUUAUUGGUGA